UUCCUUUCCAACCUACCCUUAUCUUAGUCUGCACGUUGCUUCUCGGUGACUAAUAGCACAAUAACAAUGUCUAAGGAUAAUAUAAAUUGAGGGCUGUUUACAAACUCUAUGGCGGUUCAAUAUAAAAAGGAGCAGGGAAGCUGGCUGCUGCACAAUCACUCUGGGACCUCUCUCAGGACUAACCUCCACUGAACUUCUUCACUUUGGAUUUUUGACACACGAUAGAGAACAUUUAAUUUAUCAAAACUGGAGAUACUUAAAAUCGUUACAUAUAUUUUUUCAAGAAAAGGCAGAAGGACGUUGGUUUAUUUUAUUUAUUGACUUUUUUGGGAAUUACUUUUCUAUUCAUCAAUAGUACAUUUUUCUAAAUUCACAAUGGACCUGGAGAUGGUUAUUUAUCUGCUUUUGGUUCUCCUUCAAGGGACUUGUGGAACAGGGUCGGACAGCACCUUCUCAUCCUCCGCAGACUCCUCUCCUGCAGAAGCCGCAGCAGCCUCUCAGCGCUCCGUGGGCGCCCCCUUGCGGCCACGCAGAUUUAAACGUUGCUCCUGUUCUUCACUAAUGGAUAAAGAAUGCGUCUACUUCUGCCACCUAGACAUCAUUUGGAUAAACACUCCUGAAAAAACAGUACCUUAUGGGCUCGGGGGGCCUCGCCUGAAACGUUCCCUGCAGGGCAUGGAGACAGAAAAACUCCCUGAGUCUACAAGCAGGUGUAUCUGUGCCAAGAGUGAGGACAAGAAAUGCCUGGAUUUCUGCCAAGUUGCAGCAGAUCUCAGCGUCCAGCCUUCGCUUGAAAAAGAAUCUCGCCAGGGUCAACAGGACAAAGUGUGCAAAGGUCUCCGCUUGGGAAGACAGUGUGUUCAGAAACAGCUUCAUCCAGACAUAAAAAGACUGCAGGACUUCAGGAGGACCAUUCGGAGAUCAUUUGCCAGGCUACUGAAUAAGCCAAAUGAGCUGAAACGUGUGACAUAUCCUUGGGCCCAUAGAAAGAGAGGAGUCUGGGAACAUAUAAAAACAACAUAGUGGAGACCUUUGUUUUAAGGGAGACAUUGCUGUCAGUGAGUGAGUUACUGUGUGUGCUAAUUACGUUCUUCUUGGGGGCUCAGUGCACUUAAAGUAUGAAGAUAGGAAGAUGAAGGUGUGGGCCCACCAUGCAACAUCAGGACUGACACGCAGGAUGGAUUCAUAAUAGUAAAUACAGGAUCCUGGGUUAGAUCACAUGAGCAGGUGAUAAGCAAAAUGCCACACAAAUGUGUCUGAAGAAAAUGAUGGAACCAAAGUUUUGGAAAACCGGCCUAUCAACCUUCAUUGCUACUGACACUGACAGUAAAACACUGGAAUAUAAUAUUAUGAACACAUGCCUAAUACUACACAUACAGUGCUGCAUAUGGAUGAAUGUGCAUUGCAAAUGGAUUAGAAAAACUGACGCCAAUGUUUGAGGACGUAUUACUUGCAAAUCUACCUCAGGUUUACCCCUCUGAAGGGCUUCCUUCUUGCCUAUAUUUUAGCUUGUCCUGUGAAACACCUUUGGUCUUAUUUUGUACUGGAGCUAAUCAAAUCGUUGAUAUUAAUAGAUCCCUGAAUUGUUUAGUGCCAGGCUGGUGUUGUUAUAAUAAGCAGAGAGUAGUGUUUUUUAUUUUUAGGUUUCUGUUUUUUUUUCACAUGGCUACAUUCACAAGCUAAAACUGGGUUGUUCAUAGCAGUGGAGUAAUCUACAAUCUUUUAUCUAAAUUUAUUAUGUGAAUAUUUUAAAACAAAUAUUUAUAUUUUUAUUUGUAAAGUGACUAUAUUUACUGUGUUAAAUAUCCACUGUAAUAGGCCAUAUUGGUCUAUGCAUGUCUGUUUGUAUUUCUGCAUGAAAAAAAGAGCUUCAUGCCUGCAUUAAUAAUGUUAAAAUAAAUAUUUUGUAACCCUUUAAAUGACAUGGAAAUUUGUUUUAGGUGACUUUAUUAACAAAACAAAAAGGACUUUAGCUGACUUGAUAAGUGAGUUGGGUUGUUAGUCAUUUUUGCAAAGGUCGGUGACAUUCCACAGAUCUACAUGUCUGACACUGUAAAAUAAUAAGAAAAACAAAAAC